AUGAAUAAUCAGCCGCCUGGAGGCGGGGCAAACCCGCACUGGUCACAUGCCACUCCUCCAUUCAACCAGCACGCCAUGCCUCCUCACCAAGGCUCUCCAGUUCCUGUAUUUCACCCACAGAGUGGCAUGCCAUAUAAUGUUCCGUUUCAACAAUUUACAAAUGCUCAUCCCAUUCAACCACCACCAGGGUUUCCAAUCCCACCUCCCCCUCCACCAGGUCUUUUCCCACCGUCGGGGGAGCAAGGAGCGUCUACAGUCUCUAAUGUGAUAACCCUUGAAAAUCGACUUCGAGGUCUCAUUCUCGGAAAUGCGGAAAAGGACCGGCAAAAUGAGCAGGUGUUCACCUCCCAGGCGGGUCCGGGCAAUCCUCCUGUUCAAGAUCUUCCCCCUCACAUGAGGCUAGCACCUCCUCAAGCUCAGCAGAGCUACCUGGAGAAGAGUCGGCAAUGGCAACUCAACCAAGCAGAAGCUGCAGUCUCCUCGCAGAUGAGCGUCCCUCAGAUUGGUGGUUCCCCGCAACACCAUCAUCGACAUCCUAAUCAGCAGCCACAGCGACAAAAUAAUACUCAAUUUCAUGUAUCAGAGACCCCUUACCAAGGGAGUAACCACCGUGGUAGGCCUUAUGGCCGAGGAAGGUCUCAAGGUCAAACCCGUGGCGCUCAUUCUUAUGUCGGCUUCAACCGACAGGUCGGUGCCACGGGUGCGUCCCCAUACCAGCAACCAGAGCCGAUGGGCUGGCGACAGAAUGCACCGCCUUCAGUUGCGAAUCAGGCCUUUGCAAAUAAUCAUGGGCAUCCCCGGCGCGGCUCUACUCAAGGGUCCCAAGGAUUCGGCGAGCGGCCUCCUCCACGCAACCGACAACUGUAUGAACCGUCUCACUCUCCCCGGGAACAUACCAAACCCCGCCAGCCCCGCAUGGUUGGAUCUCGGUUUCCACCAACACCAGAAGAGGUCGAGAAGCAGGCGGAAUAUCUUCAACAACUGGCAGACGACGAGGUGCCAAAGGCUGGGAUUGAUCCGAAAGAGCUGCAGGAGAAGGAUGCAUUUAGAGAAAUGCUUGAGAGAAUAUGCAUUGAAGCUAUUGCUGAUUACGAGAAACAGCAAUCCGAUAAUCAUGCUUUCGAUUCGAGCAACGUAGCUCUCAAGUGUUUUGGUAGUAUUGGUUCUGGGUUCGCCACCCAGUCUUCUGACAUGGAUUUGGCGCUCUUGUCCCCUGAAUCGGUUCCUAAUCCAUCAUCCGCCGAGUCUGGAAUCCCACGUGCUUUAGAGAAGAGGCUCUUAGAUCUCGGUAUUGGUGCUCGAUUGCUCGAAAGAACCAGAGUUCCCAUUAUCAAGCUCUGUGAAAAUCCAACUGAGGAUCUGUUGCGGAUGCUGAGAGACGAGCGGCGAAAGUGGGAAGAACAAAAGGACAAGCCUAUCGCUGAAGAGGAUCAGACUGCUACCCAGAAUGCAGAAGAUCGUGAAAAUCCUGCUUCUCAAAUGCACAAGGCCGGGACAUCGACCAAACCGUCACAAAGCGAAAAUACUCCACGCGAUCCCGAAACUGAGCUUAACAAUCUCGAGCAACUGCCUCGCGAAACGCUUCGGCAAUAUUACCGUCGUACGAAAAGAUUAAUGGAGAGUAUCGGGGGAAGGGAUUACACGUUGCCGCAGCACAAGCCGCUUGAAAAUAAAGAGGGCAACAUAUUAAACCGUGCUGGUGCUGCUUAUCUUGCGGGACUUGAGCAAGACGAUCUCAAGCUAAGGCUGCAAAACAACCCGUCCAUGGUCUUUGACAGUAAUAUUUAUCGAUCUCUCUUCGGCGUCUGGACACAAGCAGAAGCCGAAUCUCUUGUAAUACAAUGGGAAAAGAGAAGGGUCUCUGAAACCACCGAGGUCAAGGAGGAUCUCGGACAAGAAUGGGUCCGAGAAUGGAAAAAGCUACAAUGUGAAGACGCAGGAGAAAUCCUGCUCUUUAAUAAGAGGGCAACUGUUCUUUGGGAAAACUUAAAGACACUCCCAUCCAUCAGCCUGACGACGCUUUCACAGCUGUCCAACGAGGAGUCUUCCGACUAUUGUUCCCGAGCAGUCAAUCUGCUCAAAGAGCUUGGCGGCCGAGGGUUGGAUGACAACAGCAACGCUCAGAGCGUUCUCUCCGACAGAGAGCGCCAAGUAUUCGAUGAAACUGUUCUGCGCUACAUGGAUGGAAUCCGCGGCGACUCUGAAAAGAUGCACGUCCGAGAAUUCUUCGCAACACGAUCUAGCCCCUCUCUCGCCGAACUGCAACUCCAGCAUGCGACAGAGAAUGAGCUUUAUCUCUACGACGCCAGGGUGCAUUCAUCCCCCCACAGCGAAGAAGAAGUCACUGCUGUCGAAGAAUACACCAAGCUCGUCCGCCAAUUUGGCGCGUCAGAUCCAAAUAUCAGUGCUUCCAAAGAAAAGGUAAUUACACUUCUAGGGCCUGCCUCCAAACGACACGACCGUCUUGAAUUCCCAAAAUCCGGCGUCGGCAUCCAAUGCGACAUCAACUUCUCCAACCGGCUCGCACUCCACAACACCACUCUCCUGCGCUGCUACUCCCACUGCGAUCCGCGUGUUCGGCCGAUGGUCCUGUUUAUCAAAACCUGGGCCAAGCGUCGCCAAAUCAAUACUCCCUACCACGGCACGCUCUCCUCCUACGGGUACGUUCUCAUGAUACUCCACUACCUCGCCAAUAUCGCCCAGCCGCCCGUGGUCCCAAAUCUGCAACUGGCUUGGAAAUCACCGAGCCACGGAUCUUGGGGCUCUUCGCUCGAAACCGAGACCAGUGUCGACGGAUACGACGUCCGGUUCUGGCGGGCCGAAGAUGAGAUCAAGCGUCUCGCCGACAAGGGUAUGCUCACGCACAAUAAGCAACCUCUCGGCCUCCUCCUUCGCGAAUUCUUCGCAUACUAUGCCCAUACCGGCGCAGACAUUCCCGGUCAUGGAUUCACGUGGGGAACAGACGUGCUCUCGCUCCGCACGCCAGGCGGUCUUUUGACCAAGCAGGACAAGGGCUGGACAGGCGCCCGAACCGUCACGACUGAUGAUGCGAGCGGCCAUACCAAAGAAGUUCGCUGUCGCUAUCUCUUUGCCAUUGAAGAUCCCUUUGAGAUCGAUCAUAACAUUGCGCGCACCGUCACGCAUAAUGGCAUCGUCGGUAUCAGGGAUGAGUUUCGUCGCGCCUGGACUAUCAUGUCACACGUCGGCAAGGGAAGUGUCCCAGACAAGGAACUAUUGGAAGAACUAGAUGCAAAAAAUGAACGUAAGCGGUAG